AAGUGCCGGCUGACUGCUGAAGCCUAAAUAAAAAAUGCUAGUCAUCCUGGGCGAUGGCUCAUUCGAAUCAGCCCCGAGUCCCCGACCCACUUCGGGUCCAACCGAGCCGAAAACCGCAACAAAAACCCUAGCCCUCUGUUACUCCCCGAAUUACCGAACUACCGCCGCCGCAAUAGAUGGCUUCCGCCCCUGCCACCGCUGCGCCCAACCCCGAGCGCCGCGUCCGCCGCGAGGCCGUGGUCCGCGCGGCGGAGGCGCUCCUCCGGUGGCUCCAGCACCACGCCUCCCCGGCGCCGGAGCCCAUCUACCUCCUCGUCACCCUCAAGAGCCCCCCAGUCCGCCGCUUCGAGCACCAUCUCCGCCUCCCGCUUUCCCCCUUCCCCUCCGUCUUCCUCGUCUCCGACCGCCUCCCCGACGUCCUUCCCGAUGACAUAGAGCCUCUCCCUUCCUCCGCUCUGCGCUCCCUCCCCGCGGUCGCGCGCCGCGGCCUGGUCCUCGUCGACGGCCGCCUCAGGAUCCCCAAUAGCGGUAAGGCUUCCAAGGGCCGGGGCAGGCUCGUGCCCGUCGACCUUGCCGACCCAGCGUGGGCGGACUCGGCGAGGGAGGCGGCACGCUGCGUGGAGCUGCGCGUGGAGGCCGGCACCUGUCGCGCCGUGCGGGUGGGCCACGCGGCGAUGGCGCAGGCCGAGGUGGUGGAGAACGUGAUGGCCGCUGUGGAGGCUGCCGCCGCAUGCGUGCCGAGGAAGUGGAAGAACGUGCGGGCGCUGCACUUGAAGGCACCCGAGUCGAUCGCGCUGCCCCUCUACUCAGCAUCUGUCACCAGCAAGUACGACAAUGCUGCUAAAGACGCGAAGCUGGAGGGCGCCACGGUGGCAGAGCAGGUGAAGAGGAGAAAGAAAGAGUAGCAGCCUAGCCUGGGUCUUUGUAUUGCAUUGUAAUUCAACUGUUGCUCAUUUAUUUUGGCCCGCGCUGUAAUUGUAUGUUGAUGAGCAGUAAUCCAUUUGCAGUGUUUUCGCUUGUUGUAUUACCCUCAACACUUUUGCUAUUGAUCAUCUAGAUGUUUUUCAUUUGUGCAA